AUAGCACAGCAGAGGACUUUGCUUCCCGCUCCGGCGUCCGCCCAGUGAGAGUAUAUAGGAAAGGAGACAACAGGUGCACCAGGCAUGACCGGUCAGUGUCCUCACUUGGGCUGAGAUAGGGAGGACUGAGAUAGUGGGGACUGGGGCAUGCUUAAAUGAAGGAAAUGGAAGAUGCGCCUGAAACGCUGGAGUGAAGAUUCACGCAGAUGGGAGGAGGAUGUUGCGAGAUUUUACAGGAAAGCGGCACUUUCCCUUCAAGGGACAAUACGAGGCCCAUGAAGUCACAUACAAAUGCUUCAGGAGGCGGAUCAUCCAGAGGCGCUGCAGAGAAAGCCCUGUUGCAAGUACCCCACUGGCCCCUGGGCGGCAGUGUGAGCCAAGCUUCGAGUUUGAUACCAUCUGUCAGAGGCUGGAGCUCGAUUCUCCACCGAGAAAGCAUGAACCGGGACAGGGAGUCCUACCAGGAAAAAUCCAAGAGGCAGCACUGGCGGGAGGCUCGUCUCACUCUGAGUCUGUUAAGUUGGUGAACACAGAGUGCACGAUCGCUGCAAAGACACGGCCUGCUGCAGAAAAUGCCCCACAAGAGCGAUGGGUAUGGAGACCUGCAGUUCAAGAACCUGAAAAUCUCAAUCGCUCAGGUUAUGAUGAAAGAAAAUAUGAUCUUCAGCCAUUUGCCACUCUGAACAAAGCCACUCUGAGCCUGCACGGGAAGUCAGUGGUUAAGUUGGGUGCACCAUCACUGCUGAAUGAUUACUACACUAACCUUCUCGACUGCAGCUGUAGUGGCAUGGUUGCAUUAGGACUCGGCUCUUCAGUUUACAUUUGGAAUUCAGAAACUCGUGGUCUGGUUGGACAUCUGGACCUGAGUCCACAAUCAGGAUGCCGAUAUCGUCAGUCGGUCUCGUCUCUGUGCUGGAGCACAGAUGGAAGAGCCCUCAGUAUCGCGACUAGACGAGGGGAGAUACAGUUGUGGGAUGUCGAACACAAGCAGAACAUGAGGUUUCUGCUGUCACACCUGGCUGUGGUGAGAGCGCUUUCCUGGAAACAGCAGUUACUUAGCAGUGGAUCUGUUCUUGGACAUAUCUGUCACCUUGACCCACGGGCUUUCACACCUCUGGUAGGUGCAACCACCCAGAGGGAGGGGGUCUGCAGUCUGCAGUGGUCACCAGGAGGCAAAUGGCUGGCCAGCGGCUCCACAGAAGGCCUUCUCCAUAUCUGGGAUGAUGACAUCAUGGGAAAAAAAAUGUCAAGUCAGCCAAUAAUGACAGUGAAGCAGCCCAGUGCUGUGAAGGUCUGUGUACUUGGAUUUGGAGGCUAA